AAUAAUAAUGAUUUUGAUUAUCGUCUUUAUACAUCAACCAAUUCAAUUGAAACAUUAAUCAAUCAUAAUAAUACAUUUGAUUUGAUACUUGAUCCACAAUUAUCAGGAAAUGAUACAAAACAAUUAUUAACAAGAUUUUCAUGUGAAGAUGAAGAAACAAAAGAUUAUAAUUGGAAUUCAACUGAAAAUAAUUGUAAUAUUUUAGAAUUAUCCGAAUAUGAUUAUAUAUUUAAAGAUGGUGAAAAUUCUACAAAAAUUAUCACUAUAAAAACAUUGAAACAAGGAAAAACACAAUUAGUAGCACAUGCUAAAUGGAUAUCGAAUACAUCUAAUUUGACAGUAGACGCUUGGAAAGCCUAUGUCACUGUAAAUAUUGGUGUUUCAGAUACAAUCCUGGUUAUAAGUGCCAUUAUUGGUUGGAUUUAUUUUGUUGCUUGGUCAAUAUCUUUUUAUCCACAAAUAUGGGAUAAUUAUAAACGAAAAAGUGUUGUUGGAUUGAAUUUCGAUUUUGUUGGCCUAAAUAUUACCGGUUUUAUUUCCUAUACAAUGUUUAAUUUUUCAUUAUAUGCUAUCGAUUCUGUACAAAAAGAAUAUGAAAAAGUUAAUCCUCGUAGUCAAAUUCCGGUACAAUUGAAUGAUGUUUUCUUUGGAUUUCAUGCUGCUUUUGCUACAUUGAUUUGCAUCAUUCAAUGUUUUUUGUAUGACCGUGGUGAACAAACCGUUUCGUGGUUUGCUCGAAUAUUUUUAGGCAUCGUUUGGAUUGGUUAUUUAGUAUUAGCCAUUAUUGUGGCAUCAACUAGUUGGCUGAAUAUGUUAGAUUAUCUGUAUAUAUUUUCAUAUGUAAAAUUAGUUAUUACAAUCAUUAAAUAUAUACCACAAGCAUGGUAUAAUUAUCGUCGUAAAUCAACUAUUGGUUGGAGUAUUGGUAAUAUAUUUCUUGAUUUUACCGGUGGAUCAUUGAGUAUGUGUCAAAUGUUUUUAUUGGCAUAUAAUUAUGAUGAUUGGGCAACAAUUUUUCAUAAUUUUACUAAAUUUGGUCUUGGAUUUAUAUCAAUUUUAUUCGAUGUAUUUUUCUUAUUACAACAUUAUGUAUUUUAUCGUCAUAGUGAUGUACAAGAUUCAAGAUCUUUAUUAGCCUGAAAAACAAAAAGUUUAACAACUUGUUAUUUAUUUAAUUA